GUUCAAAGUAAACAGAAUAAAAAAUUCAUUCGGUGCUUAAUUAAUUUUUCGUACCAAAAGUUUGUAACAUUAAAGUGUGAUAAAGUUCAUUCAAAAAUGGUUCUGGACAUACCAAAACCGGAUGUAUUCAAUGCUCCGUUAAAGGUCGUCGAAAAAAUGAUGACAGGCGCUGGACCAUCAAAUUAUCACGAUAGAAUAAGAAAGUCAAUGUCACUGCCAGUUCUCGGACACUUACAUACGGAAACAUUAAAGAUUAUGGAUGACAUAAAGGAAGGCAUUCAAUACUUGUUUCAAACAGAAAAUCCACACACAUUUUGUGUGUCUGGACCUGGACAUGCGGGCUUAGAAUGUGCUCUUACGAAUCUCCUUGAAAAUGGUGACACAAUUUUAAUUACAUGCUGUGGAAUCUGGGGUCAAAGAGCGGAACUGAUGUCGAAAAAAUUAAAUGCAGACGUUAAAGUUCUUUACAAGCAUCCAGGCGAACAAGUCUCUAUUAAAGAAGCCCGCAACUGCUUCCGUAUGUAUCAUCCAAAAGUCUUUUUUUUGGCACAUGGUGAAUCAUCGACAGGCAUGCUCCAAAAUCUAUUGGAGUUUGGUGAUUUAUGUCGAGAAUAUGAUUGUCUCUUUAUUGUCGAUUGUGUCAUCACGCUUGGCUGCGCGCCAAUCUAUGUUGAUAAAUUUAAAAUUGAUGUCGCUUACAGCGGAACACAAAAAGUUCUCAAUGCACCGCCGGGAAUCACUCCAAUUACAUUUAGUCCACGAGCGCUUGAUAGAAUUGCAGCAAGAAAGACACUGGUAACAAGCUAUAAUUACGAUGCAAUAUUACUUGGCGAAUACUGGAAUUGUUUUGCAAAUCAUCCAAGGAUUUAUCAUCAUACUGUAUGCUCAACAUUACUAUACGGAUUACGUGAGGCUAUUGCAUUAUUUCUUGAACGAGGUGGAUUAGAAUCGUCAUGGGAAAAUCAUUCUCGAGUUACCAGCAAUUUUUGCAAUUUGCUUGUAUCAAAUGGAUUGGAAAUAUUUAUCGAUGAUGAAAUGCUAAGAUGUCCUUCAGUUGUAUCAAUUAAGGUGCCUGAUAAUAUCGAUCCACAUAAAGUCAUUUCUUAUGCAAUGAAAAAUCAUUAUGUUGAGAUAAGUGGAGGUCUUGGACCGACUGUUGGGAAAAUCUUCAGAAUUGGACUAAUGGGAAUCAAUGCAACGAACGAAGUUGCUGAAAAAGUUGCAAAAGUUUUGAUUGAAUCCAUAAAGGAAGCGGAACUUGUAUCUAAAAUUUAAUAAAACAAAAAAUAAAGAAAUUUGAUAAGUCAAACUUCUUCUUUGCCCUUUUUCAUGGCUGAAUCAUAACAUUUCAAGGUUCCGUAAAAGUUUCCAGGCUCUUAUCUCACGUUGUCAUCAUAUCAGAUUGACAGACUUCUCAUAUGUCUGCUUUAUUAUGAUACAACUUGGAUACAACAUGAAAAUGAAUCAUCGUCGACUUCGAAAAUAUUUCGAUGAAGUAACAUCGUUCCUAUGUACAUCAAAUGAUGUAAUCUACAGAAAGGAAAGCUUAUCGCACCUGUUGCUUGUCAAUUUGGAAUGUUGAAAAGAUAAUAUUUGUUCUUUCGUGAAGUAUUAACUUAAGGUAAAUGUCUGUGCUCAG